AUGGGAAAGUACUUUGAAGAGGAAGAGAAAAUGAGCUAUUACGGCCCACCAUCCUAUACUCAAGCUGUCGUUGCCCCAUCGCACGCCAUGAUCCAGCCGCCAUCAACUGUCGUUGUCCAAACACCACCACCACCACCUGUUAUUGUUCAAUCUCCUCCGCCAGUAAUAGUCAGAGCUGGCUAGCAAGAUGGUCUCACGAAAGCGAGUUCAUUUGCAAUAAACAUGCGAUUGAUACUUUCACUUCAUUUUUUCGGAGGAGUUUCUUGUCGACUUUAUCAUCAAAAGCAAAAUGAGAAUCUUGCUCUUGGAGGAUGGGGUUCUAUACUGUUUGGCCUCCGACCCGCUGAUGAGAGAGCUUGCCCUGAUGAAGAGAUUCAUGAUCAAUGCCUCACCGAAUGUCGGGUCAAAUACGUAGAAUGCAACGCUGCUUGCGGAGGUGAUUCUCUGUGUCAAAGUCAAUGCAGAGCUGAUUUUUCAGCUUGCGAUGCAUCUUGUCCUUGUGGCCUUGAUUGCCCUGCUGGCUGCGAAGGUUGUGAACAUCCACUCUGCGACGUUUGCUUUGAGCCCGAGAUCUCCAACGAUGAUUAUAAACGCUGUAUCAUUUAUGAUUUGGAUUAUCUGACAACAUGCAUUAAAAGUUGUCCAGCGGACAUUGAUUGCAUGGAUCGGUGCUAUUCAAGCUACAGGGUAGAAGCUCUCAACUGUCCAUGCAUGGAGAAAGAGGCAACGACAUCAACUUGGAAGAGUACAACAACCGAAACAACCACAACGACUGGACAUGUAUCUAUGUCACUUAUUACAUCUACUACAAGGACAACAACAACUUAUUGGCGCGAAUAA